AUGUAUCCUUCUCCAAUUGCUUUAACUGUCAUUGCCAUAGCCGAUCUCCACAAAGAAGGCAAAGUCCGCUUCAUGGCCAUAAAUUCACUGUACACUCCGAAAUACAUCGAUCCACAAUGCAAAGUUCAUAGUACUCAAAGAACUGUAACAACUUCCUACAAUGCCUUGUUUCUUGGAGAUGCAAACAGACUCCUUCAGGUGAUGCAAAACAGCUUCCUUGAAUUGGAUUUGACAAGAAAAGAUUGCACAGAAACAAGCUGGAUCAGAUCAGUAUUAUACAUCAUCGGGAACCCAAAUGGAGAAAAGAAUGCUGAGAAGCAUAUGGAUUUGAUUAGGAAACUUUACAACUGCACGACGUUAUAUGUUUCUAUGUUUCCAAGAACUGCUUAUGUGAAUUACGAGGACUUUGAUUUGGGAAUGAACAAAAAGAAAAACACUAGCUUUAUGGAAGUCUUGUGUGAGAGAACCAAGUACUUUAAGGACAACUUCAACAUAUUGGUAAGAGUGAAUACCAAAGUUGAUCUGGACAACUUUUUCAGGCAUGAACAGAGCAUCCCACCUCUUCUAGUUUCUCUGAAAAGUCAAGGAAGAGGAGGAGGAAGGAAAGAUGUGGGCCGCUCUUUGCCUUUUUAUAUUAACGACAUUAAAUUUUUGUUAUUUGAGUACUAA